CUUGCAGGGCAGGAGUAUCGCCUUGCUGCUCCUUCGCUCACUUCCUGAAGUACAUGUUUUAGAAAUAUGUGGAGAUCCAAACAGAGCAGUGCUCUGGAACUUGGAUACAGCAGGGAACAAGAUACAUCACACCACUGCUAAAGUUCACCCAACAUGUUUUUGUGGCCAUAUCUGACACCACUCCUGCUGAUAGCACUCCAGCUAUGCACAGCUUUUCCAGUUGACAGAUGUGAGAAAUUCACAGACCUUUCUCUCCAUCAUGCCCUCGUUGGAACAAGCAUCAGAGUCAGGCUGCUGCUGUACACUAGAGAUAAUGACAGCUGUGCUGUUCUCCUGUCUCACACCAACCUGACAGAGCAUCCACAGUUUAACCUGUCCAGACCCACCACCUUCAUCAUCCAUGGAUUUCGGCCCAGCGGUUCUCCCCCAGUGUGGGUGGAGGACUUCACAAAGAGACUGCUGGGCAGAGGAGAUAUCAAUGUUGUGGUAGUUGACUGGAACUAUGGAGCUGCUAAUAUUGAUUACUUUAAGGUAGUAAGGAAUACAUACAAAGUGGCAGAAAACCUAACAGCCUUCAUUAGAAUGAUGAAGGAUCAUAAUGCUUCUCUAAGCUCGAUUCAUAUGAUUGGAGUCAGUCUGGGAGCCCACAUUUCCGGUUUUGUGGGAGCAAACUUUAACGGCUCGGUGGGAAGAAUAACAGGUCUGGAUCCAGCAGGGCCUACAUUCACUGGUAAACCUCUAAAAAACCGAAUGGAUAGCACAGAUGCUCAGUUUGUGGACGUGUUGCACACAGACAUCGAUGCUCUCGGCUUUAGAGCACCAAUGGGUCAUAUUGAUUUUUAUCCCAAUAAGGGAACAGACCAGCCUGGCUGUCCAAAAUGGUUGACUGGAUCCUCCUACUUUAAAUGUGACCAUCAGAGGUCAGUGUUCCUUUAUCUGGACACUAUAGAUCAGAAAUGUUCCAGCCUUGCGUUUCCCUGCUCCUCUUAUGAAGAGUUUCUGGAUGGAAAAUGCAUGAGUUGUGACCAAUUUGGUGAAGCUGGAUGUCCGGUCUUUGGUUAUGACAUCAUAAAAUGGAAGGAGCACCUGAUGAACCAGAGUAACACAAAGUACUACUUUAGCACCAAUGAGGAGUCUCCAUUCUGCAUGACAAACUACAGAGUGGAUGUGAUGGUUUGGAACAACAAAGUGCAUUGGGGACAAGUGGAUAUUGAAAUACAUAACGGCACUGAUAAAGCAAUGGCAGAAAUCAAUCAUAAAGCAACAAAGUUCAGCAAGGAAGAAGGGACCACGAUGCUGGCUGUGUUUGACAGAGAUAUCCAGCCAGUAAAAACAAUCUCUCUUAAAUACCAUGCUGGGACAGCAUGUAAUUCCAACCGCAAACUCCGGGUCCUCAGAAUUCGUUUUACGCCACUUGAUCACAAAGAGAGCCCUCUCUGUCGGUAUGACAUCCUUCUUGAGAACAAGAAGGAAGUCAAGGUCAGGCCUAUUCCAUGUGAAGAAACCGAGCCAUGAAGUCAAGCUGAAAUGUAAAAAAGUCGUUGGGCUCAUCCGUUUCUCUAAGACUGGUCAGAAAAAUAACAACGAAGCCAAAUGGAAUUUUAAGA